CAUUCUUCCUCGAAAAUAUCGUAGCUCGAUUUCAGUAAAUCCACUUAUUAUUUUCUGUUAUUCACUAAAUUAAACAAACUUCUCUCAUUUUUCUACAAAACCCAUUCGAAAAUUUGUGUUUUGCGGCUAAAAUCCCCAAACUCCAAAGUGUAGUACUCUCAACACCUAAUGAUUGUCCGAAAAAGUCGCAGCUGGGGAGUGCUGAAGCAAAUUUUGGAGCUGAUUAGCAGCAAUGAUGAGGAGGAGCAAACAUGUCCCCGAUUUUUGCCUAAUUAUGGUCGGCAACGAGUACGUCGACGAGUACGCCGACGAUCUUUCUCCUUAUUUCUUCCCCAAACCCAUCUCUUAGAACCCUAGUUCCAAACUCACGGCAACAAGGACGGUAAGUCGGCAACGAGGACGGCGACGAGUACUGCUUUAAGAUCCAGUUGACUUGGCAAUGGCUGAAGCAGAUGCCGCUAAGCUACAUGCAAUAAUGGUUCAAUUCCUAUUCCAAGGUCACAUCACCCCUUUCAGCCAUCUCGCCUUAGCUCUCGCUUCAAAGGGCUGCACUGUUACUUAUGUUCAAACGGAGUUCCAACACUACCAAAUGAAGUCUACAGCCGCUUCUGCUCGUCACGACCAAUUAAGCAACGAAGAGGCUGUUGAUCUCUUCUUCCCUGGAGCUCGUGAAUCGGGUCUCGACAUUCGUUACACGACGAUUUCAGAUGGAUUCCCCCUGGAUUUCGAUCGGGAUCUCAACUUCCUUGAGUUUUAUGAAUCCAUCUUGAGGGACUUCCCUGCCCGUGUCGAUGAGUUGGUGGGGAAGAUCGUGGAGUCGGAUCGGUCCCUGACGCCGUUCUUGGUGGCGGAUGCUACCUACUUGUGGCCUCCAGCAAUUGCCAACAAGUACAAUAUGGUGCAAGUCGCGUUCUGGACAUCAACAGCAUUGCAUUUGUCCUUGGGCUAUCACUUUGAGCUUCUCAAAGAAAACGGACAAUUACUUUUGGGUGGUCAAGACAUGGAUCACAUAGAUGUACCGGGAGUCCGGCGGAGCAAUAUUGAAGAUUUUAUCAAGUAUGACACUACGGACGAGGACCCUCAAGUGCCAAUACCAGUAUAUGAGAACAUAAUGAAGGCACGUCGAGAAAUCAGGAAAGCAGAUUUUAUCUUGUGCAACACUGUGGAAGAGCUGGAACCCGAAGCAAUAUUAGGUAUAAAGCAAAGCCUGCAAACUUAUGCAAUUGGCCCCACGAAUUUUUUUGCGAAUUUCAACAAAGUUACAAGUGUAAGUAGCCUACAAUUUGAGACAGAUUGCACCAAAUGGCUCAACUCUAAGCCUGUUGGUUCAGUUUUGUACAUCUCAUUUGGUAGUCUUGCUCAGGCUGAUAAGCAACUUGUUUGGGAGAUUGCUUGUGGCCUUCUCAUUGCACGUGUAAAUUUUAUUUGGGUUCUCUCACUCGAAGCAUUAAACUCAAGUGAUGAAACGAGUGCUUUGCCACCCGGAUUCAUGGCUGAUACCGAGGAUAAAGGGUUGAUUAUACCCUGGUGCGAUCAACGUGCGGUGCUAUCUAGUACAGCAAUUGGAGCAUUCCUAACACACUGUGGUUGGAACUCGUUACUGGAGAGUAUAUGGUAUGGCGUGCCAGUAAUUUGUUAUCCAUUUUCCACUGACCAACCUUUCAAUAGGAACAUGGUUGUUGAUGAUUGGAAGGUUGGGAUCAAUCUUUGUGAGAAGGGACCUGUUUCAAAAGAGAGAGUUGCGGAAACAAUCAACAGUUUGAUGAAUGGAACUGCCUCGGGAAACUUGAUCAAACAGAAUAUGAAGAAAACGAGCAAGAUUGUUCAUGAUGCAGUAGAAAAAGACGGAUCCUCAACUAGGAAUUUGGAUCACUUUCUCAAGGAUUUGAAAACUAAAAUCUGCACAAGAAGCAAGAACAUCGGUUAACUGAGUCGUUGCUAAAUCUCAAUUUUCUAGGCUUUGCACCACUUACUCUACUUCAUUCUAGUCAUGAUUGUAAGAGAUUGUAAUGGCGCUGGAUUCUAUUUCAAUUUGUAAAAUGUAAGGGGGGAGCUAGAUGCUGGUUGUUCUUAGGGAUAA